AAAGGAAAAAAAAAAGUAGGCGGCUCACAAAAGGCUAAAGAAGGCGCGAAUUGCAAGGAUGGUUCCGGGGUGGAGGAGCAACAAGCGCUAGAAAAUCUUGGUGUGGCGUCUCGCCCGCCAUUGUAGUUUUCUCUUCUUCGAGCUCUCCUUCCUCCUAAAUUUCCUUCAAUCCCUAUUCCUCAUCUUUUAUUGACUGGUAUGGUUAGUUUCACCUUCUAAAGACCAAAAACAACAACACCCAGACUCAGAUUUUCCUUUAUUUUGUUAGGGUGUUGUGAUGGCUGCCAGUGUAGCUUAUGUAGGUGGCCAGUUGCAAUAUGGGAUGAACUUUUACUGGGGACAAGGUUAUAGACAAGCUCUUUGGGUUCCUGGUGUGACAAUCAAUGGAUGCCUGCAGAGAGAGCUCUCAUGGUCACGUGGGGUAUCCAAGUUUUUGCAGAUCCAUAGGUGUAAUUUUUCUCAUUAUCCGGUGAGAGAAAAUUGGAAGUCCUUCAGGACAGUCACCACAUCAGCUUACUUGAAAGAUGGUUCAACAAAGUAUUUUGAUUUUGCUGUCAUUGGCAGCGGAGUUGCAGGUCUUCGUUAUGCUCUUGAAGUUGCGAAACAUGGAACUGUGGCAGUUAUCACGAAGGCUGAGCCUCAUGAGAGUAAUACAAACUAUGCACAAGGUGGUGUUAGUGCUGUGCUGUGUCCUUCAGAUUCUGUGGAGAGUCACAUGCAGGAUACAAUUGUGGCAGGGGCUUAUCUAUGUGAUGAGGAGACUGUCAAAGUUGUCUGUACGGAAGGACCUGAUAGAAUUAGAGAAUUGAUUGCCAUGGGUGCAUCAUUUGACCAUGGGGAGGAUGGGAACUUGCAUCUAGCAAGGGAGGGGGGGCAUUCUCAUCACAGAAUUGUUCAUGCUGCUGACAUGACUGGAAGAGAGAUUGAGCGGGCUCUAUUAGAGGCAGUUAUCAAUGAUCCCAAUAUUGUUGUGUUCAAGCACCAUUUUGCAAUAGAUUUGCUUACUUCUCAGUAUGGUUCUGACACAGUUUGUCAUGGUGUUGAUGCUUUAAAUACUGAAACACAAGAGGUUGUCCGAUUCGUUUCAAAGGUAACAUUAUUGGCAUCAGGUGGUGCAGGGCAUAUCUAUCCAUCAACCACAAAUCCCCCGGUGGCGACUGGAGAUGGGAUGGCUAUGGCCCAUCGAGCUCAAGCGGUGAUUUCCAACAUGGAAUUUGUGCAGUUUCAUCCAACAGCCUUGGCUGAUGAAGGCCUUCCUAUCAAGCCAAAGAAAACUCGAGAAAAUGCAUUUCUUGUCACCGAAGCUGUAAGAGGUGAUGGAGGCAUCCUCUUCAAUUUAAGUAUGGAGCGGUUUAUGCCCUUCUAUGAUGAGAGAGCUGAGCUUGCUCCAAGGGAUGUGGUUGCAAGAAGUAUUGAUGAUCAACUUAAGAAGCGCAAUGAGAAGUAUGUGCUGCUGGAUAUAAGUCAUAAACCAAGAGAAAAGAUUCUCUCCCACUUCCCUAACAUUGCUGCUGAGUGCCUCCAGCAUGGCCUAGACAUCACUCAGCAGCCAAUUCCUGUGGUUCCUGCUGCCCAUUACAUGUGUGGAGGAGUCCGCGCUGGGCUCCAGGGAGAGACAAAUGUGCAUGGUUUGUAUGUAGCAGGUGAGGUUGCAUGCACAGGUUUGCAUGGAGCAAAUAGACUCGCUAGCAACUCAUUGCUUGAGGCUUUAGUUUUUGCACGAAGAGCUGUCCAGCCCUCAAUUGAUCACAUGAAGAGUUCUAGUCUUGAUCUUAGUGCUUCUAAUUUGUGGACCCAGCCUGUUGUCCCCAAAUCACUCGGGAGUGAUGUAAUGCACAAAAUAUUAAGGACAACAAAGGAAGUGAGGAAAGAACUACAAUCAGUCAUGUGGAAGUACGUUGGGAUUGUUCGAUCAACAACAAGACUACAAGAGGCAGAGCAAAAAAUUGGUGAGUUGGAGGCUAAAUGGGAGACAUACUUAUUUGAGCAUGGGUGGCAGCAGACAAUGGUGGCACUUGAUGCUUGUGAAAUGAGGAACCUCUUUUGUUGUGCAAAGCUAGUGGUAAGCAGUGCCCUUGCUAGGCAUGAGAGCCGCGGGCUUCACUACAUGAUUGAUUUUCCUCAUUUGGAGGAAAGUAAGAGGUUACCAACAGUGAUUUUCCCCAGUUCCCAUAUGAUGAGUACGUGGAGUUCACGACAACUACACCAGCAACCCAUGUAUUAGUCCAUGGUUUGGUUUUCAAUUCAUCUAUGAAAACUUGUAUCAAUUGGGUUAUAGUUUAUCAUUUAUUUGAUCACUUGCAUUGGAAAACCUUUGGCAAGGAAAGAGAUCUGCCUUACAGCAUAUUUAGGGCACUUUAAAGAAAAGCUAGGGUGUCCUUGUUCCUCUCCCAUCCCCGUUUAAGUGUUUCUGAUUCAUUCUUAUAGAAAUAAAGGAAAGUUUUCUAUUCAAUUCCAGAAUGAUCAUGUCAUCAGAAUAGUUUUCUUUUAUCGGUUUAGUCUAACCUGCAAAUCAUGAUAAUGUAGCAGUUUAUCAGAUUGUAUAUUAGUCAUGUCAAGAACCAUGGAACCGCAGUUGUUAUACUAGCAGAUAAUUUACUUCCUUCGUUGAUGA